AUACAAACAGAAUUUUUCAAAAAAAGGAGGAGAAAAAAUUGUAUACAAAGUGUUCAAGUGAAGUCCAUUAAAAAUUAUAAUACAAUAUAGUAUCAAUCUACAUAUCGAGAGUGCAUUGUAUAGAGAAGGAUGUCGAAAAUAUAUAAAGCAGUGAUUUCAGUGGUGCAAACUCUAGAUUUUGCAAUGGAGAAAAUUACUAGUAAUAUUAACAUAAAACGCAGAAGAACACACUCGAGCAAAAUGACUGAUGGUGAAGAAGGCGAUAUUGAGGAAGAAAGUGAAAUCACAUCAGAUACAUGCGUGCUACUUAAUUCCGGAAUUUCGUCUAAAACUGACGUUAUAAUCGAACAAAAAGAACCACCAUGGGUGACAGCAAUGCAAAUGUUUAUUCCUUUUCUUCUUGCUGGAUUUGGAAUGGUAGCCGCAAGUUUACUAUUAGAUAAAGUUCAACAUUGGCCAGUGUAUCAAAAUGUUACAGAAGUCUAUAUAUUAGUACCUGCUCUUCUAGGCUUGAAGGGAAACUUGGAAAUGACGUUAGCCUCUAGAUUAUCGACACAUGCUAAUUUAGGUCAUUUAGACACUAAAAAACAAAAAAUAAGCUUAAUUACAGGAAAUCUUGCCUUAAUCUUGUGCCAAGCCAUUGUCGUUGGAUUUCUAGCUUCAGUGGCUGCUGUUAUAUUUGGAUGGGUACCUACAGGAGUGAUUAAUGUGAAACAUGCUCUACUGUUGUGUGCCAGUAGUAUUGUUACAGCUUUUGGAGCUAGUUUUAUACUUGGAAUUGUUAUGGUCGGGGUUAUUAUAUUUUCAAAAUAUUGUAAUAUUAACCCAGACAACGUGGCAACACCUAUAGCUGCAAGUUUAGGUGAUCUUACAACAUUAGCUUGUUUAUCUUGGUUAGCAUCUAUCUUCUAUCAUACGAUGGAUACGCAUCCAUACUUAACUUCCAGUUCCAUAAUCAUAGGAUUAAUCUUAGUACCUAUGUGGGCGUGGAUAGCCAGUCAAAAUGAGCAUACUCAUAAAGUACUUUUCAGUGGAUGGAGUCCGGUAAUUACGGCUAUGAUUAUCAGUAGUGUAGGUGGUUUAAUUUUAGAUUUCACGGUAUCCCAGUUUAAAGGAGUCGCAGUUUUUCAACUAGUCAUUAAUGGUGUCGGUGGUAACCUUGUCGCUGUUCAAUCAAGUAGGAUCUCAACAGAACUUCACAGUAUUGCACAACCGGGUCAUUUGCCUAAUCAUAUGCAAGUAUGCAUUAGUCCAUGUUCAGCUCUAUGUGAUAAAAAAGAAACGAGUCAUGCCGGUACUGCUCAAAUGUUGCUAUUAAUGGCAAUACCGGGACACUUAAUAUUUUCUUAUACUAUCAGUUACUUAGAGGCAGGUCAUACAUCGCUUACAUUUAUUUUUAUCGUGGUGUACUUGACAGCCGCGUUAUUGCAAGUAUUUAUGUUGUUAUACAUUGCCCAAAUUAUGACACUGAAUAUGUGGAAAUUAGGUAUUGAUCCUGACAAUUCUGCCAUUCCUUAUCUAACGGCAUUAGGUGAUUUAUUGGGAACUCUGUUACUCGGAAUCGCCUUUCACUUUCUCUAUAUCAUCGGGGACAAGGACAGCGAUGUUGGAGAUUAAAAUAUUUUUACGCCAUUUUUGGGGCCAUAUACUUAGAUAUUUUGUGAUCCUCUUUUACUGUACAAAUCCUGUUAAAAUCAAAGAAAUUGAAAAAUUUAGGUGCUAUUUAAUAAAUUUUUUUCUAUUGAA